AUGAGUCGCAACCAUGUCUUUGUGCUGCUCGAUGGCCACGACGUCGACGAGUGUGAUCAGUCGCGGCCGCUCCUCCACGGCAGAAGGCAGCACUCCGCCGGCACCGAGCUGACGAGUGUUUCGCACUAUGUCGCGCCGCCAGCGCCACCCUCUCCCGUUGCGGCGCCGAGUCCAACCUCUGCAGAGGGCAGCGCCGCCGACCUUAGUAGCGACGCCGCAAGCGGUGGGGCCGGGACCAGCGGCCUGGGCAUCCUCUGCAAAAAGCUCUGCCUCGGCGAGGCGGUUCUCGAGGAGGCGGCCGCCGCGGCCGGGCUCGCCGCCUAUCUGCUGGAUGACGCAGAGAGACGAGGCGUCGACACGCUGCAGUGCUGCGUCCGUGGCCUCACCGACGCCGACUGCGGCGCGCUCGCCGGGCUGCUGGCGGGCCCGGUCGCUUUGCGCCUCGCCCGGCUCUGCACGCUCGACUUCGGCUGCAACCAGAUCGGCUGCUCCGGCGCGGCCGCCCUCGCGCCGCUCCUCGGCCUCGCACCGCUGCUGAAGACCCUCCGUCUCGACUCAAACUGCAUCGGCUGCCGCGGCGCAUCCGCCCUCGCCGAGGCGAUCGCGGUGCACAGCGCGGGGGCGCUCGACUCGCUCCUCCUCGGCUGGAACCGAAUCGGCGACGCGGGAGUCUCCGAGCUCGCCGACGCGCUGGGGCGCGGUGGCGCACCCCGCCUGCGCGAGCUGAGCCUCGAGGCGAACGGCCUUGGCGACGCCGGCGCCGAGGCGCUCGUGCGAGGGCUGGCGGCGGGAGGGCAGAGGCUGGGGCGGCUCAGCCUUGGGAACGAGGUGGGGGGCAACGCGAUCGGCAGCAGCGGCGUCUCGGCACUCACCGACGCCUUCCACGUCUUUGACGAGCUAAUCGAGCUUCGCCUGUCAAACAACCAGGUGGGGGCAAGGGGCGCCGUCGGUCUCGCCACCGCGCUCGGCCUCGGCGGCGCCGCCCGGCUCGUUCGGCUCACCCUAGCCUCGAAUCGCAUCGGCCCCGAGGGCGUCGCGGCGCUGCGAGGGGUGGGCGCCAGUCGCGCGGAGCUGAGCAUUGCCCUCAGCCUGCAGCUCGCGGAGGUUGGGGCGGCCGGGGACUGCCGGGCGGCCACAGCCUUGGCGGGGGAGAGACCCAGACCGGCGCACUCUUGGAGUCCGGCUACGUGA